UUUGCAACUAAAGGUGGUUCUGUCCACCCCCGAUGCAUCGCCGGUGCAUCGGCGAUGCGGCGCGAUCUUCUCCGGCCUCAUCUGCUCGGACCCCAUUCGGGUGUUCUCUGGCAGGGCAAAGGGGGCCGGCUGCGCCGGCUGCUGGAGAGCGAGCUGCCAGGCGCUCGGCUCGACGAUGCGCAGCUCGAGUUCGUGAUGGGCAUACUGGAGGAGGAGGAGAUCGGGCAGUUGUCGGAGUUGAUCGCCGAGAUGCUGGGGGACGCCGGCGGCGCCGGCGCCGUCGACGCAAUCUCGCAGGUGCUGGAGCGGCUGGGCGGCGCAGGCGAGUCGCCGUCGGAGCUGUCGCGGGCCAGCUCCCAUGCGGUGGCCGCCCAGGAGUCCAGGAGCUCUGGGGGCGCGUGCGGCGACGCGCUCGAGCUCUGCCUCGCAGAGCGCGGGGAAGACGAGGCGCAGGUCGCCGGGCUGCAGGAGUGGCUCGAGAGGCUCGGCCUGGCGCGCUACGCGGCCCCCGCGAGGGCAUGGUGCGAGGACACGGGCGCCCAGGAUGUCGCGGAGAUCGCAGAGUGCUGGGAGCAGUUCUGCGGCGAUCUCGGCCUGAAGCCCCUGGAGCGGCGGCGCGUCGGCCUGGACUGCCGCUCCGCGCUCGAGGGGCGCCCCGGGGAUGGCGGCGGCGCGGCCGCCGCCGCCGCAGGAAGAGGCUGCGCGGGCGUGCCCGUGACCGGCUCGGGGGACCUCGCUGCCACGGGAGCCUGGAGGUCGGCGAAGGAGGCCGCCCCCGCCUCGGACUGGCAGCGGAGCGCGGCGCUGCGCGUCGGGUCCCCGCCGCGCGGCGCGAGGGCGGACAGGCUCGGCGAGACCGUCGGGCCCCCGGGCGACGAGGGCCGCUACACCAUCGCCAGGCUCAUCGGCACUGGCGCCACGUCCAGGGUGUACGAGUGCGCCAGGGGCGGCGAGCGGUUCGCAGUCAAGGCGAUCGGGCUGCGCAGGCUCCCGGCCCCGCGGCCGUCCUUCGAAAGGGGGGCCGCGUUCAAAUAG